AUGAAGAACACAGUAUCUCAUUUCUCACAGGACGCAAUUGUGUUCUCGUGGUCUACCGAGUUUGUUCUUCCGAGGAAGCUGGCAAGUACAGGAAAGGAACUCAAAGAUAACUUCCUGAGAGCCCUGGCAGAGCGGGAGGAGGCAAACCGCAGUGGGGAAAUGACUUCCAUCAUUUUCAUAAGGGACCAAAAUGCUCGUGGACAGGAAAUAUCUGGGUAUAUAGACUACUCCCACCGACUAAAAUCUGAAGACUUUGAGCCAUAUUUCAGCGGAAAGAAAAGGCUUUUGCCAAAAACAUCUGACUUAAGCUUCUACAACUGGAGGACGCAGGUGUCCAAACACAAUACCAGCUCAAACUAUGAGGUAAUCACAGAGAAUCCAAGCGGUCUGCUCUUCAAGUGCAAGAACGACAGGAAAAUCUUGAAUGUUGACCCAGAGGAAUUACCUGGCGAUAGCUCCACUCGAACUCCUGUCCAAUCUGACCUAUAUGUGCAUGUUGUCAUUUAUGAUCACGUCACCAGAAAACCCACCACCAGAUCCUGUACGCCACUCUCCAAUUAAAUGUAUUAAAAACACACAGAGUCUCUAAUUUCGUCUAUAUAAAAACAGCGUUAAUCUUACAUUAUUGACUUCCUUUUGUGCACAACAUCUGGAUACGCAGAGUAGCACAUCUGUGCGUUUUGAUCUAUGAUUUACAUUUUCUA